AUGUCGGUGAGCUCUGACUGGAGCGACGAUUAUGACAUGACUGACGCACUCACUCUUGUCAGAUAUAAUUUCCCUGCAAAGAAGCUCUACAAGCGAUUAGCACAGUUAGGAGCUCGCUCAAUUUUAUAUCGUGGAGACGGCAAUGAUCAAGACGAUUUGGGUAUCGACGCUGCACUAGAUCCGUGGCUAGAAUCACUAUGGCAGAAAGUCUUGCAAAUGUUUCCGUUACCUGCUGGUGCAGAUCUCACCAUGAACGAUAACAAAACGCCUACGCCAAGUUAUCACAUACAGUUUCUUGAUGUGAAUGGGCAUGUUCCAUCUAUAGCAUCACCAGAUACUCCUAGAAAUCCAUCAUUAAAAGCCACAGUCAAGGUUAAUUCUCGAAUCACUGCACAAGACCAUGACCAAGAUACUAGACAUUUAAUAUUUGGAAUUGAUCAAGACCAAAGAUACCAUGCUGGAGAUGUGAUGGUGAUUCGACCUCAAAAUUUAAGGACUGAAGUUAACGAAGUUAUCACCCAUUUUGGCUGGGAAGAUGUUGCUGAUAGACCAAUUCAACUGAUACCUUCUCGAGCAGACAUCCAAGUCCCAAAAGACAUCCAGCAGCCAACUACUAUACGCACACUCUUGAUUAAACAUUUGGACAUCUUUGGUCGCCCUAGACGGUACUUUUUUGAACUGGCCUCGUACUUUGCUACAAACCUACUUCAAGCUGGCAAACUACGAGAAUUCGCAUCAGCAGCUGGCCAGAGCGAUUUAUAUGCCUAUUGUCAUAGAAUGAGACGGACGACAUUUGAAGUGCUUCAAGAUUUUGCUUCUGUUGUCUUUCCUGUUGAUUAUCUAUUGGAUUUGAUGCCAAUGAUGAGACCUCGAUCUUUUUCCAUUGCGUCGUCUCUCUCUGUCCACCCCGGUGAAAUCCAUCUGUGUGUCGCUAUUGUAGCGUAUUACACCAGAAUGAAGAAGAUACGGCAUGGUGUUUGUACGAGGUGGUUGAGUACACUAAGUUCUGGAGAUCAAUUUGAGUACAAUGUCACAAAGGGACCAUUGAAACUACCGGCUUCUAUCGACACCCCGGUGAUAUGUGUGGCACCAGGAACGGGAAUUGCUCCAAUGAGAUCUCUAAUUGAAGAACGAAUAUACCAGGGAGCUAUAGACAAUGUCCUGUUUUUCGGAUUCCGGAAACAAACCAAGGACUUUUACUACAAGAGUGAAUUCGAAAUGUAUUCGAAAAACUCUCAACUGGUUCUCUUCACAGCUCCAUCCCAAGAUCAGGACCACAAGAUAUACGUGCAACAUCGCAUGGGUGAACAAGCAUCUCUUAUAUGGUCAGCUCUGAGUGAAAAGAAUGCUUACAUCUUCUUGUCAGGAUCAUCCACAAGGAUACCCAAAGACGUCACAGACGUUCUUGUACAGAUUUGCAUCAAGCAAGGCAGCAUGGGUGAAGCUAAAGCUGAAGCAUUUGUAGCGAACUUGCAAAAGGAGGGACGAUAUGUGCAGGAUUGUUGGGCAUAG